AUGAAAACUAAUACAGAAUAUAAUUUAGAUAGGUUAGCGAUUGAACUUAAAAUAGAAAUUAUACUCCACUUGAGUAAUCCUACACCACUUGCUCGAUGCUCGCGUGAGUGGUACGCUACAAUAAACUCACCUGCUACAAAGGCCAAAUGGCUAAUCGGCAGAUAUGGUAAAAACCAUGCGUUAUUUCAUGCAGUAAGAAUGGGCGAGCCAUUCGUUAAUGUUGACGUAGUCGACUGUCUAUUUGCUCAAAAAGCACAUCUCAGCCGAUACUUUAUUCAGCGAGUGAUGUUUGGCAAGUAUGACAGCCAGCUUAUUGACCUCAAAUUGACACACAACAUAAGACCACUCGACCCGGUUCGAACCAAAUUGAUCCAAAAUAAAAUCCAGAGCCCGUGGGCGAGUAAUCUUUCAUUUAAUGUUUUUUCCAGAAUUCUCAAAGAGGGCCAUGACCAAUUUGACGGAAAUGACACAUCCACGCACGGAAAUGACAUGGAGUCAUUUCAUUAUCUCUCAGCUGGUCCGCUAGUUAUUAGCGAAGCAAGAAAAAAGCUAGAGGAUAAUAUAAACGAAAUUGAAAGGUUGAUCACAACGUUUAGAUUUGUUCCCUUUCCUCCUAGGCCCAAAAUCCGAAAGCAUAUGAGUACGGAAUUAUCACGUACUACUAACUGUGAUGACUACCCGCCUAUUGAUGGCUACGAGAACGUUCGCCAAUUGAAUGUCAUUGCUCGGGCUAUACUCGUCCAUCCCAAUUUAGUGAAUGUCUGGAAAAAAAUUGGAUAUCAUGAAAUCGUUCACGAUGUAAAUGAUCUUGUCAUGCAAGGCUCGCUAUUAAUUCUUUAUCCCCCCACCCCAACAGCCGGUUGGAUUAAACCAGGUUUAGAUCAAGUUGUUAAACAACUAAAUGAUCUGCAAAACAUUGGAUUCAAACUAACAGAUGG